ACCCUCCAAGCUAGCGCUGGAGAGCAGGUGCUCCAGACAGACGUCAUUUCCGCUGGCCAUGAUGGAGUAAGGCUGCCAGCCCUGGGAGACUGCCCCAAGGACAGCCCUCUAAAUGUAAGAAACAGCUUUUAGUUCUGAUGCAAAACGUCUGGUUGUAACAGAGACCAGUUGGAUGUAAUCUAGUAAUAUGACGGGUUGAAAACCAGUUUACAACGAGAUAAUAACACCAUUAAGACACAUGGACCACCUACUAGUUAGAACUAAUAGUAUUGGAAUUCUGAUUUUAAUUCUGAUUCUAAUUCUAAGGUUAACCCUUAUGUGACAUGUCACUUAGUACCACCAUGCCUAUGGUGAAAUAGGUGGUUUCUAUGGUGAUAUGAUUUCCCCACUGUUGUUAUAUGUCUCAGAACCUUGUGCCGAAGCCCCCACAAGGCCCCAGGCCCAGCCGAGAGGCCAAUAUAGCAAAGGCAGAAAAGAAGGCCAGAGAGGUUAUCAAGGCUAAAAAGUCUAGGGAGGCUAAGUCAGGGGUGAUAUACGUAAGCCGCCAAGUAGUUGGUGUGUUGGCACUGCCUCAAACGCUUCUAUCUCGAACAACCAGUUACAGUGAGUAUUGAUCUCCACUUCCAAAAAUCUUGGAUUUUUUGAUGCAAUUCUAAAAGGAUAUAUGGUGGAAGGAUCCACUAUUAUCUACGACUCUCCUCUUUCUGUAGGUGUCCUGCCAGCUAUCAAGAAGGGCACUAAAGUUACUAAAAUGGAGACAACAGGUGGGUAUUGGUGACACAGUGUUUAUUUCUGAUUAUACAACUUCAAUAGAAUCUUUACUGUGGUCACUAGCUUGUUCGGUGGUAAUUCUGAUUGUCUUCUGUUUCAGAAACCCCAGGUCCCCUGACACCUAAUGAUGGGGAGAUAAUGAUCUCCUCUCCAUCUGUUGAUGACCUCCUGACCCCAAAGAGUGAUGUCACGUCCGAGGCUAAGAGCGAUGAUGCCUCCUGUCCAAUUUCACCUGAGGCGUUCUCUCUAACAAACUUCCUGAAGUCUCACCCUCAGAGAAAGCUUAUCAGGAAGUUCCUCAAACAAAUGAACGUGACAAUAGGCGACCUGGACGAAAUCAUCGAGUGGGUGGUGUGUGUCUCCAGUGAGGUGUUCCUCCCAGUGAUGGCUCUGCACAGGACCUCCAGACCAGAGUCGCCAGACUCGUCCCGCUGGGGGUCAGGUGUGCUCCAGAUCGUCUCUGAAAAGUUCCACCAGCGGAGUUCUGAGCCGAAGGGAAGGCUCCUGGGCGGGCAGCCGCCAACUCCCCCUUCUGAGACCGACAAGGAGCUUCAGGGCAUAACAGAUCUGUCUGUGAGUAACAUCCUGAAAAGGGCCCAGGAGGACCUCUUCUCUUCUGGUGAGGAUGACCUGGAGAACACCCAUCCAGGUAUUACUCUGACAGAAGAGAAGCUCUCCAGCAUCUUCUCAGAGCUGUUCAGGGAUGCCUGUGAGAGUGCCCAGGAGGCCGCCAGACAGAUCCACCACAUGAGGUCUGGAAGACGCAACAACAGCCAGAAUGGGAGUCGGCCUGGGUCGUCACAGGGAUCGAGCAGAUCCAACAUGCCAGAGUUGGGAGAACUGGGGUCAGUGAGGAGUACCAAGGGAAGUGACGUCCAUAAAGUCCUUAGCGAGGGGUCCCUCCCUGUCUUUGCCCUGUUUGGGGAGAGGCCAGGGGAAGUUGGGGAGACCAGCAGCCCUGCUGGGGAGAUGGACGAGACCCAGACUGCCAGCACUCCCAGCAUUCCCCGGUCUGGGCAUGGCGGCAGAAGGAGUAGCCAGACCACCACUCCCACCCCCGGCCACAGAGAGGCAGGAUGCACAGCCAAUAACAUCUUUGAUGUUAUUGUUCAUCUGGCGCACUCUGACACUGACCGGGAACUCCACCAGGAGUUCAGCAGUGAGGAUGAUGUUUCACUGAAUGACAUCAUGGACAUGAAGUCAACCCCGGCAGUGGAGCCCCUGGGUCAGAUCCUGUCCUCAUGGAAGCUGGUCAACAUGAUCUUCAGGGGGAAGGUCCACUACUUUGGGAAGGAGCUCAUCUGCAAGGUGUAUCAGAUGCUUCUGGACACCGGAAUGGGCAGGAGGCCAAUGGCCCGCCAGAGCAGGUCCGAGCCCAUCCUGAAAGACCUGGCUGCCAACCGUAGGCUCUCCAAUGAAUUCUUCACAGACGUGCUGUACAUGUUCAUCCAACGGGCCAUUAAGAAUCUGCUGGAGAACUUCUUGGGUCUGCCGACCACCCCACCAGGUAGAGACAUUAUGUGGAAUGACAACUUUAACUGGAUGUAUAGGGACGGCUGGGGGAACACCCCCAUAUCCAGCGAGGAGGAAUUGUGGGACAGCGACUCCACCUGGUCAAGUGGGCAUGGGGAGGAGGAAGGGACAGAGUCCCGUGGGAGGUGGGCCGCUCUGUUGGAGAAGGGCAGCUUCCUGACCCUCCAGUCCUCCAGCUCCCUCUCCCUCUCCGAUGACAACAAGGAGGCACUAGGGGCCGUCUGCCAGGUCCUGACCACCAGGGUGGGAGACAUCCUGAACAGUACCUGCAACGACGAUUGCAAGGCCAGGCUCAUCAUCCAGAAAGGAUUGGAUUCCGGUGCCAGGGAAAGGUUCCCUGACUCUCCGUGUCCCUCUUCACCCAAGGACAAAGAGGAGGUGCUUGUGAGUGCCAUGACUGUCUCGUACCCUAAACCCUCCACCUCAACCCAGGCAGCAUGGGCAGCUCCUGCCCAGACUCUGGACGUUUUUCUGCCCAGACCCUGCCUGGAUGAAGAAGAGGUAGUGUCCAGCUCCUCCUUGAAGGACAACUCUGUGACGACCACCCAUGCAGCACUGGCAGCUCCUUCCCAGACCCUGGAAGAAGAGGUGGGAGAAGCUGAGGUGUCCGAUGUGAAUGACAGCUCCCUGAUGCCCACCAAGGCCCUUGAGAAGAUUCCCUCCCUCCUACCAGGCAAGGUCCUUAUCGAGGAGGACACCCUCAGUUGCAGCACUCCCUGGGCCACCGUCAUGAGCCCCCAGACCCUGAAGUUUAUCCUCCACGGCAUCAUGUGCCGACUGGAGGCCUCAGAGUCCCCCCAGACAAGGAGGGCCAAUGACCCCUUCAGGCUGAUGAAGGAUCUCUUUCUGGAGGUCCAGCAUGCCCUGAAGUAUGCUGACAUCUCUGUCCUCUUUGGCCUGGAGGAGAGCAUCCAAUUUAUUGGGGAGGAUGCGGUGAAGGCCAUCGUGAAGACUGCAGCUAAAAGAUUGUCCCUGCGUUCGGACUCCAACCGGGCUCAACUGCAUGCCGCGCGCUCUGGUGGUGAGGCAGCCAUCAGGUGCAUGGCGGACACCAUCACACAAGUGAUAGAUGACUAUUCCGAGGACUGGAGUUCCGGCGGCCAUUUUGGAGCCAGGAGGAGCCGUGCUAGUGGGAGGUCACACUCCUCAACCUCCUCAAGGAGUGACGUCACCCUCACCGAGGAGCUCCUGGCCCGGAGGGAAUCCCUUGAAGAGGACCUAGAGGAGAUGGCUGAUGACAGCACUGGUUUGGAGAAGACCAUUGUAAGCUCAGCCAUCUCUGCCAAGUCCCAGGAGAAGGAAGAAGCUAUGAAGGAAGAAGUGAGGAAGUCAGGAAAGAAGAGCCGAAGAAAUAAUAAGGACCAGAAGAAGAACAAGGUGUCUCCUCUUGGCAAUGAUAGUACUGUGGCUGCAGAUGAGCCUAAGAAAAAACAGGCUCUCCUCCCACGGAUCACAGCCGCCCUGCGAUCAGCAGAGGCCUGCCCUGUGCUAAAGGUUCCACUCCAUUAUCCUGCUGACGCUGAGAUACUGGGAGCAACUCCAUGA